CUUGCCGUGUGGCGCACCACCGCAGUUGAGGACGUCGCCGUGUCGGGGUCGCAUACAUUGCUUUUGACACGCAUGUUGGUACAGGCCGGCAAGUGGCGAGAGGCGAAGCACGUCGUUAUGAGUGAUGCAGCGAGCGUGUGCCCUCAGCGUCUCUCCGCGAGGCUGCUGGCGAUGCUGGCGGCGAUGACAGAUGCCAACGGCUGGAGCGAGGCGUGCCAAUUGUUGCAGGAUGGCCAGAUUUGUCUUGAGAAGCACGGCAGCGAGCAGCGCUCCACUCUCCAGUCCGAGGUGGUGAGACUUGCAGAGUCCUUUGAGCGUUGCGUCGUUCCGCACAUUCCCGCAUCUCAGCAGGAGCCUUGGGUGAGGCUUGCUUGCGAGAUGCGCCGUGAUGAUCUCCAGAACCGGCAGCGCCCUUCCUUGGAGGAAACGCGCGGCGGGGAUACUGCGGCUGAUGCUGCGGCGUUGACGAACAACGAGGAGCUCCUUCAUAUUUAUCGCAGUCCAAAAAGUCGAUCCUCGUGGACGCGGGCGCUUCAAACGCUUUUGUCCAUGCAUCACCCCAAUGCCGCCUCGGUGAACAUCACUUUGGGGAUACUGAGCCGGCAAGGACGUCAGCGCGAGGCAGUUGAUGUGAUCACAAAAUUUAUGGUUUCACGUGAGAUUCAUCCAACGGCGGUGACGGUGAAGACAAUAACGGAGGCUGCGAAUACCAUGCGUUCAGGGAAGUUGUGUCAUCUGAUUCUUUCCACACCAGCGCUGCGGGAUCAGAUAACCCCUUCUUCCGCGGUCCCAUUGGUUCGUACGCUGCAACGAAUAGGAGACUGGAGGAGUUGUCUCAGUUGGUGGGACUCCCUCUUGCCCACUACCGAAUCUUCGGUUCCUCCGUCCAAUCACGGUGGCAAGGCCGAGUUGCGGCGAAAUCUAAGGCUGAGCAGUUAUGUUGCCGUCUGCGUGGCUCAGGGCGGACGGUGGUCGGAGGCCCUUGCAGCCAUGAGGGACGCGAGCGCGCAUGAUCCGUCGCUUGCUGUCCUCUUUGCCCUGCGUGCAUUACGUGUUGCGGGGGCAUGGAAGGCUGCGUUGAGUGUAUUUCAUUGCAAAAAACAUGUCUGGGAAAACUCAUCGGUGGAUCUGCAAGUAAGAGAAGUAAUGACACGGCAGAACGCGGAAAGUUGGGUUCCACUUGACAAGCUUCAGACCCUUCGAUCUCUCUAUGGGGCGUGA